AUGGAUGGCAUAUUGCAACCAAGAGAAACACCUGUAGCGGAAGCCAACAAACCCGAAACUCUCCCUCACAGACCCCCAUUAAAAGCGAGUCGCAGCUUUAUGGGCCACACAUCUCCUCAGAUCCAUAUUACUGAGCCAGCCGUUGAUGACUACUUUGAUGUACAGCCAGAAUCAGGUCAAGAUGUAAAGAUGUCUGAUUCACAAAGCCAGGAUGAGAUAGGUGAUGCGAGUCAAAGCGAAACGGGUGUGGGAAACAGUCUAGCAAUAUCUAGUCCUCCCAGAUAUAAAAGCUUCCUACCGAUUCCACCGCCCUUCCGAGAUACUGUCGAUCAGCAGAGGGCCGAGAUGCCUCGGAAGAUGCCACGAUUUGACCAGCCGGAGCCAGGGAGCGAGAAGCUUCUUUGGAUUCAUGUGCCUUAUACCCACACUGGAUGGGUACCAGCUAUACUAGCCAAGGCUUGUGGGAGCCACGAUAGGCAGAAGUUCUUGGAGGAGUUUGUCAAUGACGAAUACUGGUAUUCGAAUCUCAUCAGAGCCCGUCACCUUGAACCUCACGCUCGCUACGUAAGACCCGAAUGUAUUCACUUCAAGGACCGCAAGCCUCCAUCUCCUGAUACUGAAGAUGGGCAUCAAGAUCCUAGAUUGGCUUUAUACAUACCAUAUCUCCACUGGGAUUCCUACUGGAAUCUCGUUCAGCGGCGUAAAGUCGUCGGGGACAGAUUGCGACAAGGGCGCUUCAGACCAGUGCCAGACGACAUCUCCAAAGCAAGCCUGGAGUCAAAGCUGAUUUGGAGAUAUCUCGGAAGCGAGCCACCCAUUCAUAUCCGGCAAACAUUGGAUCAAUUUGGGUACCCUAACCUACGAUCGACCGUGGCAAGAGAUGAUGACCAGAUGCUCUGGAAACGGACGAAGAAGGUCGUUAAUCUCAAUGAUGAGAUCAAGAUUUCCGCCGAAGCAGAUAAUACGACUAACACCAAAAACACAUUCAUGGAUGGCAAGGUCCUCAUGGUCGAUCAACUUUGGUUAUGGAUUGUCGAUGAGAAGACAGUAGUCACUUUCUUCCCCAAUCAGGAGGCUACGACGGCAGAAGGCAAACUCUACGAGCAGUCAAACCUCUAUAGCAGCAUCUACAACGAGCUUAACGGAGAUCUCGCAAGACGCUUCGAAACAGCUGGCGACCUUGCUUCCCUAAUCGUGUUGCAUGCAAUCACCGUCCUUCUGGACCGGACAUUGCACCGUGACCUGCAAAUACUCCGUAUAUUCGAAGAAUCCAUCAGCAUUCUUACCGAAAUCGUAACCAAAUCCUUCAAACGCUUCCGAAACCGUGGCUUUAACACUCGACCCGCCGACUAUAACAAGAACGCCGAAGGCAGACCCAUGUCCGCCGCGGAGCGCGACGAGAGGGACAACAAAGUAGCCAGACGAAACCGCGAGGACCUCUCCACAUUGCUCGAGCUGAGAGACAUCGUAGACGAGCUCAGCACCCUCCUCAAACUCCUCGAACAGCAAGCAACUACAGUGAGAACCAUGUCCAGCUACUUCGAACACCGAGGCUGUGGACAAGCAUUCAUCGAAUCGGCCCUCUCCCGACUAGAAGAGUACCGGAACCAAGUCCUCGAAAUGCGCGAAAACGCAUCCGUGGCACAGAAAGCAGUCGAAAACUUACUCGAUCUCAAACAAAAACAAGCCAGCGUCGACGAGUCCCGUCUCGCCCGAUGGGAAGCAGAAGUAACCCAAGAUCAAUCUCGAUCUGUCAUGGUCUUCACAAUAUUCACCAUUAUCUUCCUCCCCCUCUCCUUCUUCACCUCCUUAUUCGGCAUCAAUGCCCGAGAAUGGAGCGGCGAACCAGAGAACCUAACCCUGGGCCAGAUGCUAUACAUCUCAGGCCCCGCCUCCUUCGCCAUAAUAAUGUUCGCCCUCCUAAUAGCCUUCAACGAACGGCUCCGCGAAACCCUCUGGCGCGCACAGAAACUCAUCAUAGAUAUAGUCGCCGAUUUCCUUCUCGCGCCGAUCACAUUACUCUUCCAGUGGUGGAGGAGGAUGGGGAGGAAGGUGAAGAGGAAGAGGCCUGGACCUGGACCUGGAGCUGAAUCUGAGAAUAAUCGGCCGAAGACGACUAGUCGUCGUGGCUUGGGGAAACAUAGACGGAAUGGGAAGAUACAGAGACAGCAGUCUGGGGAGGAUAUUUGGUCCGAACAUGAGGAUAAGAUGAUGGGUGGUGGUGUGGGGCGUAUGGGACUGGUGGAUGGGGAGGUGGAGAGGGAGAGGAUGGAUCCGUACUAUGCGGAGAAGGGGAGGGGGUGGGGGGAUUGA